AUGGUUUUCUGGGGUUGUUGGCGACCAGGCCGAAAAUUUGUGCUGUCCCAUUUCAGUCGAAAAACAGUUUCUAACAAUUUACGAACGAAUAAAUGGAAUCGAAAUGAGAUCUUCAAUUGCACCAACCCAAAAAAUAGUUCUUCGUCUUCCACUUCCUAUGCAUCGUCAACCAUCACUGUCACAAAUCAAGUUAAUCAUUUAAAGCCAUCCAAGAAAUAUUUUGAAAAUGUAGACGUACUUCCAUUCAGUGCAUUUCUGACUGAUAAAUAUGGACGACAUCACUCGUACCUUCGUAUAUCACUGACAGAGAAAUGCAACUUGAGAUGUCAGUACUGCAUGCCUGAAGAUGGUGUAAAACUGACCCCAGCUGAACAUCUUUUAACAACAAAAGAGAUAAUAACAUUAUCUUCAAUGUUUGUCAAAAAUGGAAUAAAGAAAAUACGUCUCACUGGUGGAGAACCAUUGAUAAGGAGGGAUUUACCUCAUAUUGUCCGAGAAAUGGAUCACUUAAAAGCUGAAGGGCUGGAGACAAUUGCAAUGACCACUAAUGGUGUAACAUUGUACCGAGUGGUCAGUGAAUUGAAAAAGGCUGGGCUUGACCUAAUCAACAUUAGCCUAGACACUUUGGUUCCACAGAAAUAUACUUUCAUUUCUCGCAGGAACGGCUUGGAUAAAGUGAUGAAAAGUAUACAGAAAUGUUUGGAAGUUGGUUUUCGUCCUUUAAAGAUCAACUGUGUUGUGAUGAAAAAUCUUAACGAUGAUGAGAUAUGUGACUUUGUCCAACUCACUCAAAAUAUGGAUUUGGAUGUUCGAUUCAUUGAGUUCAUGCCCUUUGAUGAGAACAGAUGGAAUUAUGACAAGAUGGUGUCCUAUAAAGAAAUGAUGAAAACAAUCACAGCUAAGUGGCCAGACAUCCAGAAAUUAGAGGAUGGGUUGAGUGAUACUUCAAAGGCUUUCAAAGUUCCUGGCUUCCAAGGACAAAUUGGUUUUAUCACGUCAAUGACUGACCAUUUCUGUGGUACUUGUAAUCGUCUACGAAUUACUGCCAAUGGAAACUUGAAGGUGUGUUUAUUUGGAAAUGAAGAGCUUUCUCUCAAAGACUUGCUUCGAAGUAACCUACCUGAAGAAGAGAUUUUAGAAAAAAUAGAAAUAGCUGUAAAAGGAAAGCGGAAACAACAUGCAGUUUCUUUUUUCAUUUCUCUCUUUUUCGUUUCUUAUUCUUUUCUUUUGAUUUUCUAUCCUCUUUCCUCUUCUCUUUUCAUUCCUUUCUCUUUUCUUUUCAUCUUUCCCCUUUUCUGUUUGUUCUUUCUUUCUUUUUCUUUUUCCUUUCUUUCUUUUUUCAUUCAUUGUUUUUCCUUUCUUUUGAGUCCACAAUAUUCCCAACAUGAAAAACCGUCCAAUGAUCUUGAUUGGUGGAUGAAGAAAUUGGAAAAAACGACUGCCUUUAUCAUUCAGUAUGGAAAAUAA